AUGUAUUUAUUGCCACCUUCUCCAAUAAAUUCGGUAUCAUCUACACAAUCUUCUCCUAACAUUAGUGAUUGUGAAGGUUUUCCACAUCCAAUGUACACAAAAAGCCAGGUCAAGGUUCUUUUGGAUAUGUUUCCUCCUCAAACCACCGCAGAAAAAUACGUUAAAGAAAAUUCAUUCCAAUCAAAUGAUCACAUUAAAAGACCACCAAACUGCUUCAUGAUUUUUCGUAAAAUGUCACAUGAUAAAAAAAAUAAAACACCAGCAUUAAAACACUAUAAUGAACGAGAAUUUUCAAGUAUAAUCGGUGAGAUAUGGAAAGAACUUAGUCCAGAAGAAUUGCAGAUUUAUAGAAACUUGAGCAAAGAAAUUGUUGACCUUCACCAUGUUAUGUUUCCAGACUAUAAAUAUAAGCCCAAACGUGAUAAGGCUGCGUGGAAACAAUACGUACCAACCAAUGAUGAAAAUCCUAGUAAAAAAUCAAAAGAUAAAAGGAAACCAAAACCUAAACAUGCAACAAGACAAGAAAAACAGCAGGAGCCAUUAAACAAUAUUAAUUAUCCGAUUACGCCUGAACCUGAAUUGUUGACCAUUUCACAAAACGAAAUAGAUUUUAAUUUUUUAUCAACGCCGACAUCAAUCCCUUCGAUUUCUCCAAUCGCUCUGACUCCAAUCACACCAAUCGAUCAAAUUGAUCAAUUGGAUUUAUUUUACUUGUAUAAAGCGGACCCAUACGUUAGUUUGUCUAUGGACAAACAAAAUAAGCAAAAAACUCGCGUUAUCAAAAAUGCUGGAAGUGAAGCAACUUGGAAUGAAAAGUUAACGUUUGAUGUUUUAGAAGGUCGAAACGAACUUUUCCUUGAAGUAUUUGAUGAAGAUGUUGUCAAUGAUGAGUUAAUAGGAGAGACCACGAUACCUCUAUUUCAGGUUUUUCAACAAGGAUAUACUGAGCAGUGGGUUAAUAUCACACGUCCCAGUGGAAAACCUUCAGGAGAAAUUCAUUUAUAUAUGAACUUUAAGAAACAAGGUCCAACUUCGGGACCUCCAGGGCAUACACCAUAUCCAGUUCCAGGUGGGUCAGGUUAUUUUUCUCCUCCAAAUUCUGGUAGUAGUGCUUCAAGUAACACACCUCCGGCUGGUAAACAACCUUAUCAUGGUUAUGCAGGGAAUCAAGCCCAACCUCAAGGUUUUGGUAAUCUAGGACCAGAAGGUGGUGCACUCCCUUCAGGUUAUGGAAGUGGAACUCCUCCACCUGUUACAUUACCACAUUCAGCUGGUCCUCCUGCUUAUCCGACAGCUGGAGGUGGGUUUCCUGAUCCAUCAUCAUAUGGUGGUCAAGCACAGUCGUAUUAUCAGCAACCAUCAUACGGAGCUCAUCCGUCUGAUUCUAAAAAUAUUUCACCAGGACCAAAAGAACAUAAAUCAGGUGGUGAUAAGGAUUGGAUGACUACGGCUGGUAUUGCAGCUGCUUCUGCUGUCGGUGCAGGGGCUUUGGGUUAUCUUGGUGGUAAACUUCACUCUGAUCAUAAACAUGAAGAAACGGGAAAUAAAGAUAAGCAUAAAAAUGAUGAAAAGGAUGAGAAAAAAUAUAAGGAUAAAGAUAAGCACAAAAAAGAUGAGAAAAAAGAUAAGCAUAAAGAUGAGAAACAUGACAAGCACAAAGAUGAGAAAAAGGAUAAGCAUAAAGAUGAGAAGAAAGAAAAAAAGAAAGAUAAAAAAGAUCAUUAA